AUGAACCCUGUGAAGGCGCUGACACGUGAAACUAAUGCUACGUUGUUGGCCCUGGAGAACUCAGGUGCAAUAACACCAACCGACAGACGUAUGGCAAGACCCCAAGAUACGCCUUUGGCCCGAUUCCAUGGCUUCCCUAAGGUGCACAAAGACGGUGCUCCUCUCCGACCGAUUGUGUUGCUCAAAGGUACUCCAACGUACAGACUGGCUAAGCGGCUGUUCCGGCGUCUCAAGUUUCUGACCGCUGAGUCAGACACCACGGCCUCUUCGACAGCACAAUACCUGGAGAAACUCAAAGGGGUAAUCUUCCAUCCAAAUGAAGUCAUGGUAUAUUUGAUGUUGCGUCCCCUAUUACUUCUAUGCCCCAGGACCUGGAGAUCGAGAACAUCGAGCUGCUUCUACAAGGCAAACACAAUGAAAUGGAAAAUCGUCUUGGACAUACCCAAGUCCUUUAG